UGUGGGCUCUUCAUCACGUGAAAACACGUCAAUAACUAAAGACCGGAAGUUUCAGCGACACUUGCUCACCAUUUCAUGAAUUCACGUUGCUUUUUAAAUUUGCUCACAUCCAAACUCUUCAAGUAAAGAAGACUCAUAUUUGGCUUAGCAAAUCCAAAGAGAGAAGCAAACACUGAAACAAUCAUCUUUGGCUUCGAUGGCCAACCAAGGAGCCUCUUCUUCUUCUGCCCCUUUCACCAAGUCAUGGAAAUACCAUGUCUUUCUGAGCUUCAGAGGUUUUGACACUCGCUCAAAUUUCACAAGCCAUUUGUAUAGUGCUUUGCGUCGAGAAGGAAUUAACACCUUCAUGGAUGAUGAUGAGCUCAGAAGAGGAGAAGAAAUAUCAAACGCACUGCUCACAGCAAUUGAAGACUCAAAGAUUUCUGUGGUUGUGUUCUCCGAAAACUAUGCCUCCUCAAAGUGGUGCUUGGAUGAGCUUGUUAAGAUUCUUGAUUGCAAAGAAUCAAAUCAACAAUUGGUCAUCCCAGUUUUUUACAAGGUGAAUCCAUCAGAUGUACGGAAUCAUAGAGGAAGUUUCGGGGAUGCACUGGCUAACAUGGACUGCAAUAACGUGGAGAAGGUCAACAGAUGGAAGGAAGCACUUUCACAAGCAGGGAAAUUGGCGGGGUUCACUCUGUCCGAUGAAUAUAGAUCUGAAGCUGAACUAAUUCAUAAAAUUGUUCAAGACAUUUCACAGCAAGUAAUAGACCGUACAUAUUUAUAUGUGACAGAGUAUCCAGUUAGAAUGUGCCAUCCUGUAGAAAAUAUACUUAAGCUUUUAGAUUUGGGGGAAAAAGACGUCCGUAUGGCAGGGUUAUGGGGAACUGGUGGAAUUGGCAAGACCACAAUUGCUAAAGCUGUUUAUAAUUCAAUUGCCCAUGAAUUUGAAGGUUUUUGUUUUUUGGAAAGCGUUAGAGAAUGUUCAAUGUCGCAUGGAGGUUUAGCCAAACUGCAAAAGACUCUUCUUUUUGAGAUUCUAGGGGGGAAAAAAUUGAAGGUGACCAAUGUUGAUAAGGGAGUCACUAUGAUAAAGGAAUGGUUGAGGGGUAGAAAGGUUCUCUUGGUUCUUGACGACGUGGAUGACAUGGAACAGUUACACAAGUUAGUUGGGGCAUGUGAUUGGUUUGGUGUAGGCAGUAGAAUUAUCAUAACAACAAGAGAUAAGCAACUGUUAACUGCUCAUCAUGUUAAUUUAAUACAUGAGGUCAAGAUUUUAGAUGAUCCUGAAGCUCUUGAGCUCUUCUGUUGGCAUGCCUUCAAAAGAAGUGAGCCUCCUUUGGGUGAUUAUGUGAAACUUGCAGAACGUGCAAUACGCUAUGCUCAAGGCCUUCCUUUGGCCUUGAAAGUUCUCGGUUCUUGUCUAUGUGGUGGAAGUACAGAUAAAUGGGAAGCUGCAUUGAAUGGUUUCAAAAGCACGAAAAUUCAGGACGUUCUCAAAAUAAGUUACGAUGCCUUGGAUGAUGACGGGGUAAAGGAGGUUUUCCUUGACAUUGCAUGUUUCUUUAAGGGUAGAAAUAAAAAGCGUGUGACAGAAUUACUUGUAGCUUGUGGCCUCAACGCUGGGUAUGGCAUUGAAGUGCUCAUAGAAAAGGCACUCAUAAGUGUUAAAUUAGAUUAUAUUGAGAUGCAUGACUUACUAGAAGAGAUGGGUAAGGACAUAGUUGAGCAAGAGUCGCCCACUGAAGCCGGAGGUCGUAGCAGAUUGUGGUCUCAUGAAAAUAUCGAGCAUGUUCUGGCGAAUAAUACAGGAACAAAUCAAAUCACACGCAUUGUGUUAAAUUUUCCCAAGCGAGAUGAUGAGAGACGCUUCAUGUUAAAUUUCCUCGACGGAGAUGAUGAGAGACAGUUAAAUUUCCACAACCCAUAUGAGAUUUGCUUGAAUGCUGAUAGUUUCUCGAAGAUGAAAAAUCUUAAAAUUUUCAUAAUCUAUAAUGCAUGCAUUUCUGGUGAUAUUGACUAUCUCCCAAACUCGUUAAGAGUGCUUGAUUGGUGUGGAUGUCCGUUCCAAUCUUUUCCCCCCAGUUUUCGUCCAAAGCAACUGGUUGUGCUCAAUAUGCUUUGUAACCGCAUCAAACAACUAGGGGAGGGAUUGAAGCAUUUCACAAAGUUGACAUCUCUGAAUUUCACGGGAUCUUUAUUCCUAACUGAAAUCCCCGACCUAUCCAGCAGCCAAAACUUAAGGUCCUUGAAUGCGAAUGGUUGUACAAGUUUAGUCAAGGUUCAUCCAUCUGUUGGAUAUCUGGAUAGACUUGAAGUAUUGUCUUUUUGUCACUGCCAUAAACUCAGGAAGUUUCCAAAUAAAGUUAGGUUGAAAUCUCUGAAAAAAUUUCAUCUUUUCGGUUGCAAAAAGUUGAAGAGUUUCCCAGAAAUUGUGGACAAAAUGGAAUCCUUAAAUGAAUUGCACCUUGGGGUAACUGGUAUUAGAGAGUUGCCUGCAUCAAUUGGACAUCUCAUUGGGCUAGAACAGUUGUGCUUGUCUUAUAGUGAUAUACAAGAGUUGCCUGCAUCAAUUGGACAUCUCAUUCGGCUGCAAGUAUUGGGUUUAUGUGGAAGUGCUAUAAAAGAGUUGCCUUCAUCCGUUGGAAAUCUCACUGCCCUGAAAAGUUUAGAGUUAAGUGAAAGUGCUAUAGAAGAGUUGCCUUCAUCAAUUGGAAAUCUCACUAAGCUUUUUCGUUUAGAUUUAUGCAAAUGUGAAAACCUUGCAAAUCUUCCACAAAGUAUUUAUGAGUUGCAAAAUCUGCUGCAUAUUAAUCUCGAUGGAUGCCCAAAACUUGUCACACUUCCAAAUAACUUGAUCUCUGAAGUUUUAUCGAGUGCAGAAUCACUUCCUUUGAAGGUUCGAACUAAAGCAUACAUUUCAUACGGUAGCUGCUCGUUGGAUUUUAAAGAGUGCAAUGUAUCAGACAUUGAUUCCUUGGAGAAUUUUUGUUGGUGGUCCAACUUACGGAAAAUUAACCUAUCCCAAAGCAAUUUUGUCAGACUUCCUGUGUGCAUUAGCAAAUGUGUCAACUUGCGGGAGCUUUAUUUGAGUGGUUGCAAGAAGCUUGUAGAAAUUCUAGGAGAACUUCCAGCGUCUAUAGAAAGGAUCAGUAUGGCUGAUUGCAUAUCACUGGAAAGAUUUUCAACAUUAUCAAAGAUACUGGAAGACCGAGACAUGCAACUGAUUAAAUUCAUGAACUUGUCUAAUUGUCUUGGGCUAUGUGAUAAUUUAGGGUUGGACGUUUCAAAUAUGGCAAAAUUAUUUAAUGAGGGGAAGAGGAGCAAGGAGAUUGAGGUUAAACUAUCUGGCAAUGAAGUUCCGGAGUGGUUCACUUUUCGCAAUUACUUUAAUGACCACGUUAGGGACUAUGAUGAUGAUGGUUGUACGAAUUACAGUUACGAACUUCCUAUUGAAAUUCCUCGGACUUCCGCAUUGGAGAACACAGAAUUAGUUUUGUGUGCUGUUUGGGAAAUUACGGAAUCAUUUGUUGACAUUUGUUUUCUUCGAUUUUAUAUGUCGAAUUAUUUUCAACAAGGUGAUUGGCAUAUAUCUCAAGGAGAGACACGGGCAGGUAAUGCGUGGCUGAAAUGUGUUCCAUUAAUGUUAAAUGAUGAAUCAACGCCGCCUAUUUUUCGAGUUGUUGUUUACGGCGGUGGGUUGCGCAUCAAAAGCAUUGGGGCCCACCUGGCUCAUAUCAGUAUGGAUGGCAACCAUAAUUGAUGAAAAUGAAUUAGAAUAGAUGAUGAUGGUGAUGAAGUUGGACCCAGAAAGAGAACAAAGAUAUGACCUCUGCAUUUCAAAGUGAGUUCGCAUCACUUUAUUUUAUUUUAUUUUAUAUUAUUAGCCUUCCUUUCAGCACAAAACUGAUAAUGAGUUGUAUUAUUGUUUACCAUUUAGUGUGUUUCAAUCGUAGAAGAAUUCUAAGUUAAGUACGUGCUGUAUUGUUGUUUACUCUCUUAGGUGUUCAUGUUGAAAACUUACUUUGAAUCUAAUGCCACCAGUUUAUUGUAAAUUUG